GCAACCACAGCCACUCGUCUUUUCUCACCAACUCGGUCAAAACCCCAAUUACUCUCCCGAGUCCCCCGAUUCCAUUGCAUCUUCGCCACCUCCCAUUUAAAUACUCCUCUUCUUUUGUCCACAAACACACAAAUCUCCCUCUCUCUUUCUCUCUCCCUCAAUUCAAAACAUCAUAAUGGGGAGAACCCCUUGUUGUGAGAAGGAACAUACCAACAAGGGAGCUUGGACCAAAGAAGAAGAUGAGCGUCUCAUUAACUACAUCAAGGCCUAUGGUGAAGGCUGUUGGAGAUCUCUCCCUAAAGCUGCUGGUUUGCUUCGAUGUGGGAAGAGUUGUAGGCUUAGAUGGAUUAACUAUUUGAGGCCCGAUCUCAAGAGAGGCAAUUUUACUGAUGAGGAGGAUGAAAUGAUAAUACAUCUUCACAGUUUGCUUGGUAACAAAUGGUCUCUCAUUGCUGCUCGCAUACCUGGAAGAACAGACAAUGAGAUUAAGAAUUACUGGAACACCCACAUCAAGAGAAAGCUCAACAGCCGUGGCAUCGACCCCCAGACUCACACUCCACUCAACUCCACCAGCACCGCCUCCACCACCACCACCAGUAACAACAGCAUCAAAAAGGGUAGCAGCAGCAACACCAAUUCCACCACCAAGUUUCAGCUAGAGUCACAAAAUUCAUUGACAAAAGUGAUGCAAGCGCCUCAGAUAGUGAGGGGAACUACUUCUUGUGAAGAGUCUAAUAGCAGCAGUGGCAUCACAACAGAGGAAGUGAACCCUGCUGCAGAGCUCAAUCUUGACCUCUCUUUAGGCCUUUCAGUGCAACCUGCACAACCACAUCAACAAGUGACCUUUCAAGUUUCUGGUUAUCAAAAGCAAGGUGUAUGCUUUUGCUACAGUUUGGGGCAGAGUUGCACAUGUGGUGGUUCCAUGGCAGGAUCAAUUACAGCUCAAGACAAUCUCUACAGGCUCUACAAGCCUUAUUAGGAUUCUCAGACUAAUUAGAGUUAAUGAUGGUCUUAGACAACUCAGAUUUUGAAGCUUUAGUGUCUUGAGAAAUGUAGAUGUAUGAUGAAGCUUCUGUUUUCCAGCCAAGUCAGAGAUAGUUGUAAAAUUAUUCCAAACCCAUCAAAAAAAUUCCUUCUAAAUCAAGUUUAUUUUGUGAUUCAAA